GGUGUUUUACAACACUGUUCGAUCAGCUGUUUUUGUUUUUGCGUCAAAAUAAAAUAUUUUGAUUUACUUCGUGAAAAAUGGCUUUAUCUCGCGCUAAGCCCGAUGAACUGCCCAAGGAUGCGGUUGUGAUAACAGAGGAUCAGGCCCUAAAAUACCAAUGGAAGAUUAUAACCGCCUGGGAUAAGAUCGGUGAUGUGUGGUCCCUGCGGUACACUCCCGGAAUUCUGAGUGCCGUGGCUGCGGGUACGGGAGCCUACAUUAAUAACCACUAUCGCACAAAAUUGCGACUGGGGGCGCAUGGUCGUUUGUCCAGUUACCUGCCUAUUGUUGCCGUUCCCGCCAUUUUCACUAUGCUGACGCAUAAGUUCUUCAUACAGCGACCCAUUCUAUUGAACCCGCUGGGCGAGUGCCCUGUGUGCAUACAGUUGCGCAGUGCCGCCUUUCAAACGAGUCUAGGGAUUGUGUAUCCGACGAUCCUGGCUCCUUUCGCUGCAUUUAUGUUUGCAACCCGUUGCUAUACGUACCGCAUGCCAUCGAUUACGGAGAGCCCGCGGGAGGUGUUUCAGUUGUGGCGGAAAUUAACACGUCCCAUUGUUCCAGCCCUGGGCACCAUCAUCUGCUUACAGGCAUUGCUCACCAUGUUCCUCACCGGCCAGGAGGAUAAACAGAACUUUAAAUUGAUGCUGCGCAUGAAAGAAAUCGAACAUCAGCUGGAGGAGGAACACCUGCCUCAGCGAAUGGACUUUUGAAUUGUUAUAACUUUUUAACUAGCUGAAAUAGAGACGCAUUUUGUUGUUAAGCCCA